AUGUUACUCUUCGUAAGAUUCAGUGAAGCUGUGAAGAUACUUCCACGGUUAGAGGAGCUGGACAUUUCAUUCUCCAACCUAUCGAAUUCUCUUGACGUUAUUGGCCGUUCUUGCCCACUUCUUAAAUCCUUCAAGUUUGCAGGAGGGUUUGAAUUCCAGCGUCAUUCUUCUGCUGAAGUUAGUUUUGUUAUUGCUAAAAUAAUGAAAGGACUACGUCAUCUUGAUAUUCAAGGAAGUAAGCUCUCUAAUGAUGGAUUGCUUGCAAUUCUAGCCAAUUGUCGUCUUCUUGAAUCUCUCAACAUACGAGGUUGUUCUAAUGUUGAUUUCACUGGAUAUUUGCGGAAAAGAUGCAUUGAUCAGAUCAGAGCUGUUCAGUCGCCGUGGUUUCACGAUGAAGACUACUCUUCUGAAGAUAAUGAUUCUGAUUUUGAUGUUUUAUUUGUAGAUUCAGAUGCAUUGAUCCCGUUCCCUAUUGCUAAUUCCUAA